AGCAGCUGGCGGAGGUGGAGGAGGCGGGAGAGGAGCCUGCGCCCGGCUGAACCUGGAGGUGCGGGGCGGGCGCCGAGAGCGCUCUCGGGGCCGCUCCUGUCUGAGCAGCGGCGCCUGGAACUUGCUCCUUCUCUCCUUCCAUCCUCCUCCUUCCCUUGCUCGGCCCUACGGCCACACCAGGUCCCCUUCCCCGCCACCAUCACGCUCCCCUUCUCCCUUCUUGGCACUUUCCUCUCGAACCAUCCUUCUGGACAAACUUUGAUGGAGAAUUUCACACCACGCUGGAAAAAUGCCGGUUAUGAAAGGAUUACUGGCGCCCCAGAACACCUUCCUGGACACCAUCGCCACCCGUUUUGACGGAACACACAGCAACUUCAUCCUCGCGAAUGCCCAGGUAGCCAAGGGUUUCCCCAUAGUCUACUGUUCUGAUGGCUUUUGUGAGCUUGCUGGAUUUGCCCGGACCGAAGUCAUGCAGAAGAGUUGCAGUUGCAAAUUCUUAUUUGGGGUUGAAACCAACGAGCAACUGAUGCUUCAAAUAGACAAGUCACUGGAGGAGAAAACAGAAUUCAAAGGAGAAAUUAUGUUCUACAAGAAAAAUGGGUCUCCAUUUUGGUGCCUGUUGGACAUUGUUCCCAUAAAGAACGAGAAAGGAGAUGUGGUACUUUUUCUGGCAUCCUUCAAAGAUAUAACAGAUACAAAAGUGAAGAUCACUCCAGAAGAUAAAAAAGAAGAUAAAGCCAAAGGAAGAUCAAGAACAGGGAGCCACUUUGACUCAGCCCGGAGACGGAGUCGAGCGGUCCUUUAUCACAUCUCUGGGCACCUGCAAAGAAGAGAAAAGAACAAAUUGAAAAUAAAUAAUAAUGUUUUUGUAGAUAAACCAGCAUUUCCAGAGUAUAAAGUUUCAGAUGCAAAAAAGUCCAAAUUCAUACUUUUGCAUUUUAGCACUUUUAAAGCUGGCUGGGACUGGCUUAUUCUGCUGGCGACGUUUUAUGUCGCCGUGACCGUACCUUACAACGUUUGCUUCAUCGGCAACGAUGACCUGUCCAAGCGAAGCACAACUGUCAGUGACAUCGCGGUGGAGAUCCUCUUCAUUAUAGACAUUAUUUUAAAUUUCCGAACGACCUAUGUCAGCAAGUCUGGCCAAGUUAUCUUUGAAGCAAGAUCAAUUUGCAUCCACUAUGUCACAACCUGGUUUAUCAUUGAUUUAAUCGCUGCUCUUCCUUUUGAUCUCCUGUAUGCUUUCAACGUCACCGUGGUGUCUCUGGUGCAUCUCCUGAAGACCGUGCGCCUGCUGCGUCUUUUGCGUCUCCUGCAGAAGCUAGACCGUUAUUCCCAACAUAGCACAAUUGUGCUGACUCUGCUUAUGUCCAUGUUCGCGCUUCUUGCACACUGGAUGGCAUGUAUCUGGUAUGUCAUUGGAAAAAUGGAAAGGGAAGACAACAGCCUUCUGAAAUGGGAAGUUGGUUGGCUCCAUGAGUUGGGAAAGAGACUGGAGUCUCCUUAUUAUGGCAACAAUACCCUGGGGGGCCCGUCGAUCCGAAGUGCCUAUAUUGCAGCCCUGUACUUCACCCUCAGCAGCCUCACCAGCGUUGGGUUUGGGAACGUCUCCGCUAAUACCGAUGCAGAAAAGAUCUUCUCCAUCUGCACCAUGCUGAUUGGUGCCUUGAUGCAUGCCUUGGUGUUUGGAAAUGUGACAGCAAUCAUACAGAGGAUGUACUCCAGAUGGUCCCUCUAUCACACGAGAACUAAGGAUCUGAAGGACUUCAUACGUGUCCAUCACCUGCCCCAGCAGCUCAAGCAGAGGAUGCUCGAAUAUUUCCAAACAACCUGGUCAGUCAACAAUGGAAUAGAUUCAAAUGAGCUUCUGAAAGACUUUCCAGAUGAGCUGCGUUCUGACAUCACUAUGCACUUGAACAAGGAAAUCUUACAGUUGUCCCUUUUUGCGUGUGCCAGCCGGGGCUGCCUCAGGUCUCUGUCUCUACACAUUAAAACCUCUUUCUGUGCCCCAGGGGAGUACCUGCUGCGUCAAGGAGAUGCUUUGCAGGCCAUCUACUUUGUCUGCUCGGGCUCCAUGGAGGUUCUUAAAGACAGCAUGGUGCUGGCUAUUCUUGGAAAAGGAGACUUAAUUGGAGCAAACCUAUCAAUUAAUGACCAAGUGAUCAAGACCAAUGCAGAUGUGAAGGCUUUAACCUACUGUGAUCUCCAGUGUAUCAUCCUCAAAGGACUCUUUGAAGUGCUAGACCUUUACCCAGAAUAUGCUCACAAAUUCGUGGAAGACAUUCAGCAUGACCUCACGUACAACCUUCGAGAAGGUCAUGAGAGUGAUGUGAUAUCAAGAUUGUCGAACAAAUCUACGGUCUCACAGUCAGAGCCGAAGGGAAAUGGCAGCAUCAACAAGAGACUCCCAUCCAUUGUGGAAGAUGAGGAAGAGGAGGAGGAGGGGGAAGAAGAGGAGACAGCCUCCCUCUCUCCCAUCUACACAAGGGGAUCAUCCACUUCGAGGAGCAAGAAGGUUGGAAGCAGUAAAGGCUAUCUAGGUUUAAGCCUGAAGCAGCUGGCCUCAGGAACAGUGCCAUUUCACUCACCUAUCAGAGUCUCCAGUUCAAAUUCCCCCAAAAGCAAACAGGAAACUGACCCCCCUAACCAUGGUAAAAGGAAAGAGAAGAACUUGAAAUUACAGCUUUCAACUUUGAAUAGUGCUGCACCCCCAGACCUCAGUCCAAGGAUUGUCGAUGGAAUUGAAGAUGGAAACAGCAGUGAAGAAAGCCAGACUUUUGACUUUGUCUCUGAACGAAUCAGGCCAGAACCCCGAAUUUCUCCUCCCCUUGGAGACCCAGAGAUUGGAGCUGCUGUUCUCUUCAUCAAAGCAGAGGAGACCAAGCAGCAGAUAAAGAAACUCAACAGUGAGGUAACAACACUGACUCAGGAGGUCUCCCAGUUAGGUAAAGACAUGAAGAAUGUGAUGCAACUUCUAGAAAACGUCCUGUCACCCCAGCAGCCGUCACGGUUUUGUUCUCUGCACACCGCCUCUGUGUGUCCCUCCAGAGGCAGCUUACAGACCAGGAUGACCUGGAGUACGCACCAACCUUGCCUGCACUUGCAAGCAGGUGGAGCUGCUUAUCCCCAAGCACAACUUUGUCACGGUAAUGUCACCUCAGACAUUUGGAGUGUGGAUCCCUCCUCUGUGGAGAGCAGCCCCCAACGGACUGGAGCUGCUGAGCAGCAAAACCCUGCAGGCGGUGAACGUCAUCCUUCUCCAAACCUUGAUUUUUCACCUGCCCACUACCAGGUUGUCCAAGAAGGUCAUUUGCAAUAUUUAAGGUGCAUCUCUCCACAUUCAGAUACUACGCUGACACCUCUGCAGUCCAUCUCAGAGACUCUCUCGUCCUCCAUCUGCUCCUCCUCAGAAACAUCUUUGCACCUGGUUCUCCCAAGCAGGUCAGAGGAGGGCAGCUUCAGCCAGGCAGCCGUGAGCUCCUUCAGUCUGGAAAACUUGCCAGGAUCUUGGGAUCGGGAAGGAAUGGCAUCAAUCUCUACCAAACCCUUGGAGAACUUUCCACUGGAAGUUGUCACAAGCACAGCAGACUCGAAAGAUAAUAAAGCCAUAAAUGUAUGAUAUUAGUGCACGUGAGGCUCUGCCAGUUUCCCACCCACCACUGCAUGAUGGCUUUAGUUGCCUUUUUUGCCUCUGGCAGCCGCGAAGACUAAGCAAGGCUUGGAGUCCUGCAGGAGAGAGCUGGGGAGCCAGGCAAAGGCACAUCACCUCCAUACUGUAGCCAACACUUUCAAGAUCCUAGAAACAUAAUAGAUGCAUUUUUCUGUACAGGUAUGAACUUAACUGGUCUGUUUGACAGACUUUAGUAAAAAA